AUGUGGAGAAAAUGCGCUAACGGCCCUGCUGGAAAUCCUGGACGAGAGGAGGAUAUCCUGGAAUCACAACGGAUCGGUAGGGAGUCGUUAACAAGACUAAUCAAUUUAACAAUAGGGACAACCUAUUUCACAUUCAACGGGAACAUCGAUGAACAAAUAUUUGGACUUUCCGUGGGAUCGCCGCUCGCACCACUUUUGGCAAACGUAUACGUGAACAAAAUGGAAGAGAAGUUCAAGAUGGCACCGCAACACCCGGCAGUGCUCAAUCGGUACUUGGAUGAUUAUUUCGCAAUUUGA